AUGAAUUUCGCACCAUUCACGGGGCACAUUCCGAGCGCCGCGUCCAUGCCGACGAUACACCAAUUCGCCGCUAAGUUCGGUUAUGAAGGCAACGGCAGUGGUUCGAGUGUGGUACAAGAGACGCGAUAUCAAGGUGGCGGCGUGCAAUUCGCUGUGCCGGCCGGCGGCUCUGUCACCGUGGACGGUGUUAAAUUUCGCCAAGCAGAAAGUGUGGUCGUCGUCAGUAGCGCUCAGCCGGGCGUCGCACUGGCUGGAAUAGCGCCUAUACAUACAGCAGUGAACAGCGGUGUGAAGUACCAGACCAUAUCGGCCUCAUCAUCCGUAAAUCUUGGUAACAUCGCGUAUGGGGGUGGGCAAACCAGCUACGUGCAGGAAACAGUGCAGCAACUGAAAGCCGAGCAGAGAGACAAGCGCGAGUACCGGGACGAGCUUCAUCACGAUCUGAUGGCUACCAUGAUGCAGCAACAAGUGUCGCAAGCUGGUCCACUGCAGCAAGGCACGCAGCAACUGCUGGUUGUACUGCAUGAGCCGAAGGAGGCAGCAGCCCUGGCCAGGGCUAUCAAGCAGGAGACACGCGCCGACCGCGCUGCCCUCGCCGCCCUCCCCGCACCCGCUGAGUUCAUUAGUAUCGGCGACGUGACAGACAGUGCUACGUGGCAAACUUUGGGAGGGGGCGUGGCAGAUUACCUGUCAGCUUUGCCGCUGCCGCUGCAUCACCUGCUCAAGUACUCGACCGACGGCAAACGUGACGACCAACCAACUAUAGUGACCGUCACUAACGCGCUGCCAUCUAUGCCUACUAUUGCUACGCAAAUGCCAUCUAACGCGGUAAACAGUGUUGUGGUUCAGACGGCGACUAUAGUGAAUCAGACAGUGAACACAAACGCCCAGACUCAAUCAAACGUAGCUGCAACACCGAAGAAGAAGAAAAAAAAGAAAAACGCCAAAGAGAAGAAACCACGUCCUAAACCGGGCGAGAUCCGGCUUACAACAGCACUAGGUAAUAAUAGACUACAGGCCCAUGUUGAAAAAGUUAUGGGUCAUUUGAACCACCAGGUGACCUGUCUAGAACGAUAUAAGAGCAUAAAAAAAUAA